GGGCUAGAAUAAUGCAUGAAAAAACGGGUGUGGUCUCCAGCUUGGAAAACUCCCACACCGAUUAAAACAUUGCAGGGUCCCUUCCAUUCUUCACUUGAGAACACAGAAUCCUACUGGAAUCAUCAAGCAGAUCAAGAUGUUGUUCGGUUUCUUUGCAGCUGUUCUGCUCACUUUUCAUCUGUCAUCACAGAUGGUUUGGGCAGAAACAACCACCUCUGCUCCAACAACCACCUCUGCUCCAACAACCACCUCUGCUCCAACAACCACCUCUGCUCCAACAACCACCUCUGCUUCAACAACCACCUCUGCUCCAACAACCACCUCUGCUCCAACAACCACCUCUGCUCCAACAACUACCUCUGCUUCAACAACUACCUCUGCUCUAACAACCACCUCUGCUUCAACAACCACCUCUGCUCCAACAACCACCCUGGCUCCAACAACCACCUCUGCUCCAACAACUACCUCUGCUCCAACAACCACCUCUGCUCCAACAACUACCUCUGCUCCAACAACCACCUCUGCUUCAACAACCACCUCUGCUCCAACAACCACCUCUGCUCCAACAACCACCUCUGCUUCAACAACCACCUCUGCUCCAACAACUACCUCUGCUUCAACAACCACCUCUGCUUCAACAACCACCUCUGCUCCAACAACCACCCUGGCUCCAACAACCACCUCUGCUCCAACAACUACCUCUGCUUCAACAACUACCUCUGCUCUAACAACCACUUUGGCUCCAACAACUACCUCUACUACAACAACCACCUCUGCUCCAACAACUACCUCUGCUCCAACAACUACCUCUGCUUCAACAACUACCUCUGCUCUAACAACCACUUUGGCUCCAACAACUACCUCUACUACAACAACCACCUCUGCUCCAACAACUACCUCUGCUUCAACAACCACCUCUGCUCCAACAACUACCUCUACUACAACAACCACCUCUGCUUCAACAACCCCCACUUCAACCAAUGCCAAGACUUCGAAUGACACUGCAUCUUCAGCCUCAACCUUCAAAUUUCCACCAGUGCUGCUUCCUCUGGCUUUUACAGCUUCCCAAUUUUAUGCCUGAUAACACAAUCUGACAGUUUCGAAAGUUGUCAUCUGCUCAUCUAACA